AUGAGGGAAGAAGGAUUCGAUUUGUACCCCCUGGAAGAGGGCGCACUCAUAGGCCACAUAAACAUUGACGAGGAGAUAAAUAAGAAAACGAAAACAUAUUUAAGUAUGUCUCUAAAAUACAUUCGUGAGAAGAAACUGAAAAGUUGUGAAGAGUACCUAAGUGGUGUACUACCCGCUCUUAAGGAACACCCAUUUGAACACCUAACUUUAAUAACCAUAAAAAUAUAUUGUAAUUUAAGAUUGAAUAAUUAUCGUCUCGUUUCAAGUGACCUCAGUAUGAUUGGUCCUUUAGAUAAAAACAUUUAUAACUUUGAAAACGUCACAUCGAAAUAUAAGAAAAAAAGUGGCUCCAUGGUUUCUUUCCUUCUUAGACUGAUCAACUGCUACUACCCCUACACUCUUAAUUUGUAUUUCACAUCCUUCGAUCGCCUCUAUCUCCUAAUUCUUCAUUAUGAGAAGUUUCUCCAUGAAUGCACCGCUCAGGUGGGAACAUAUACUGGGCAGAACGAUGACUCUUCGAGGUUCCCCCAUACAGAGAUCGUACAUGAGGAUGGUGGCCAUGGUGAAGUCUUCCUGCUGACACAAAAACGGAAGGUUAUCUUGCAGAACAUCGCAGUGGCCUGCUAUGUUCUCUGUGAUCUCUUGCUUAAGAAAAAUUACAUCGAGCAAGCCAUCAACCUCUUGAAGGAAAAAAUACUGCGAUACGAUGCAGGCCACAUUGUCACCAUAUCUUUCAUUGGAAAAUUAUAUUUACUUAUGGGGGCAUUGGAUUCCGCGGCGAGGUCUUUCGACUUGGUUGAGCGCCUAACCGGGGAGUCCAAUUCUUUCACAGGAGAAGGAGUUCCUCAGAAUGCCACAGCGCGAGUACACACCUUAACAAAUGCGGCUUUCUUUAAUCUCUACCUGGAGGAUUACGCAUCUGCAUUAGACAAAAUAAUAUCAAUCCCCCCGAAUAUCCAAGGGGAGCAAAGUAGAGGAGAAUAUAUGACCAACGACUACGCCAUAUAUUGCAACAACCUCGCAGUCACUUACUUUUUUAACAAUGAUCUGGAGAAAUCGAUUAAAACUCUGGAAGAGACUGUCAGCAAGGACCAGGGCAAUGCAUACCCCUCGCUUGUAAAAAAUUUAAACCUCUUGUACGAGUUCACCAAUGUGAAAGGGCACUUCAAAUGA